AUGAGUAAAUAUCGCUUUUUUAACGACUCCUUACCGCUACGGAUCUAUGCUUCAUUCAAAGCGAAUUUUGUUGAAGCUCUUGAUCAAGAAUGUUUGGGAACGGUGGAUAACAGAGAAAAGAUCGUUUUUCAAGGAGUUUUCUACUUAUUUCUUGGCACAUCUUUUGUCAUUUUAUAUCUUCUCUGCCUUGUAGCAAUGGCUCAACAGAAAUUCAUGAAGAUCAUCUGUUACAGGAUACUUUUUUUCAUCGGUAUCGUUGAUGUCAUCAGCAUGACACCGAACUCUUUGUUACCAGGCUAUCUCCUCAUCAACGGUUACUCGUUCUGUGAAAGUCCACUACUCAAUUUGUACAUUGGAUCUGGAUGUUUUCCGCUCUGGAGCACUUACUCAGCACUGAGCAUCGUUUUAGCGAUCAAUCGUUGUGUUGACUUUCUUGGGCCAAAAUUUCAAGAGGAGCUCUUCGGCGGGAAACGUCUAAUCUUCUGGAUGAUUCCUCCAUUCACCUACGGGAUCACUAUCUACUUCACCUAUCCACCACUCGUCUUCCACACACCAACCGCCAGCUAUUACUUCGCUGCUGAGCCACAGAAUUCGAAAACGCCAAUCAUUUUCUUUAUCAACAACGUCGGUGUCGCUAUCAGCUCAAUGGCAAUUUUCUACAUGGCAAUCAACAAAUCGAUGCGUCGCGAGGUGAUCAAACUCAUUUUCGGCGAAACACAGCGCUCGAAUGUGCACAACGCGAAUCGAAUCUCGUCAAAGGAAUCU